AUGUCUGACAACGUUGAGAACACCCCCAUCGAGGCUGCUGUCGCCACCGAGACCCCCGCCGUCGUCGCUGAGGCCCCCGCUGCUACCGAGGUCGCUGCUGUUGCUGCCGAGACUGCCCCCGCCACCACUGCUGAUGCACCUGUUGUCAACAAGGAUGAGGAGAAGGCCAAGAUUCUCAAGCAGGUCGAGUUCUACUUCAGCGACUCGAACUUGCCCGUCGACAAGUUCUUGAGCGAGUUGGUCAGCAAGUCCAAAGACGGCUACGUUUCGAUCGCCAAGAUUGCCUCGUUCAAGAGAAUGCGCGACUUCAAGGACAACGCUUUGAUUGUCGAGGCCCUCCGUGAGUCCAAGUCUCUCUUGGAGGUCAGCGAAGAUGACCUGAAGGUCCGCCGCAAGGUCCCCGUCGGCCCCAUCGACGACUACCACAACCGCUCCAUCUACGCCAAAGGCUUUGGUGAGGAGACCCCCUCUCUUCAGUUGGAGUUGGAGCAGUUCUUUGGCGCCCUCGGUGAUGUUAAGCAGGUCCGCAUGAGACGCAAGAACGGCUCGAACGAGUUCAAGGGAUCAGUUUUUGUCGAGUAUGCCACUUUGGAUGAGGCCAACAAGGUCGGCUCCAGCAAGUUGCAGUACAACGGACAGGACUUGCUCGUCAUGACCAAGAACGAUUACUGCGAGAUGAAGGCAAAGCAAUUGGGAUUGGACCCCAACGAGAUCAAGAAAAGCCAGAUGAGCAAAGGAUUCGGCAACGAGAAGAAGAGACCCAGAGAGGAGGACACUGUUGAGGACCUCAAGGGUAAGGUUAUCCGUUUGAGCGGCAUUACCACUGGCGAGGGCGCAGGAUUGAGGGAGAUCAAGGAUGCCAUGAGGGACCACUUCCGUUAUGGAUACGUCUUCUGGCCCAAGGAGACCAGCGUGAUUGAGGUCCAGAUCAAGGAUACUGACAAGGAUGCUGCCAAGGUUGUUGCAGAUCUCCAGGCCAUUAACUUUGAGUUCAACGGCAUCAAGCCCGAGAUCACUGUUGUUUCGGAUGAGGACACCCAAAAGUUCUUUGACGAGAAGAAGUCGUGGGAGGCCAGCAGUGUCCGUGAGCCCCGUGCUGGUCGUGGUGGCCGUGGUGGUCGCGGUGGUCGCGGUGGCCGUGGUGGUCGUGGUGGUCGUGGCGGCAACGACCGCAAGAAAAUCCGCACCGACUAA